UCCCAUGGCUUUCCUGGAGGAUGGGAACCACACUACAGUGACAGAGUUUAUUUUAUUGGGUUUAACGGAUGACCCAGUUCUUAGACUCAUCCUCUUCACCAUCAUCCUGUGCAUCUACCUGGUGACUGUGUCUGGGAACCUCAGCACCAUCCUUCUCAUCAGAGUCUCUUCCCUGCUCCAUCAUCCCAUGUACUUUUUUCUCAGCCACUUGGCCUCUGUUGACAUAGGCAUUUCAUCUUCUGUCACACCCAAUAUGCUUGCCAACUUACUAGUAAAGCAAAAUACCAUCUCCUACUUUGGAUGUUCUAUACAAUUUGGCUCAGCUGCUUUCUUUGGUGGACUUGAAUGCUUCCUUCUGGGUGCCAUGGCUUAUGAUCGUUUCAUAGCAAUCUGCAACCCACUGCUUUAUUCCAUCAAAAUGUCCACACAAGUCUGUAUCCAGUUGAUUGUAGGAUCUUAUAUAGGAGCUUUUCUUAAUGCUUCCUUUGCUUCAUUUUCUUUUUUAUCCAUUCUCUUCUGUGGACCAAACAGAAUCAAUCACUUUUUCUGUGAUUUUGCUCCUCUGAUUGAGCUCUCCUGUUCUGAUGUCACUGUCCCUGUAGUUGUUACUUCAUUUUCAGCUGGCACAGUUACUAUGCUAACAGUGAUUGUCAUAGCUACUUCCUACACCUACGUUCUCAUUGCCAUCCUGAAGAUGCACUCCAGAGAGGGUCGACAGAAGGCCUUCUCUACCUGCACCUCCCACCUCACUGCAGUCACUCUGUUCUAUGGAACUGCUAUAUUCAUUUAUGUGAUGCCCAAGUCCAGCUACUCCACUGAUCAGAACAAGGUGUUGUCUGUAUUCUACACGGUGGUGAUCCCCAUGUUGAACCCCCUCAUCUACAGCCUCAGGAAUAAUGAGUUUAAGGGUGCUUUGAAGAGACAUCUUGGAAAGAAAAUAUUUUCUUAG